AUGUUCCCCAGGGUGAUUUUGAAGGGAAUGAUGAUCAAAAAAUCUCAGCAAAAGAAAAGAACAUCGCCAAGCAACUACAAAGAAAGACUUUUUGUAUUGGACACCCAAGACUUGAAGUAUUCUGAACGCCGUCCGGGGAAAAAGCCCAUGGUGAAAGGUUGCAUCGAGUUGUCCAACAUUAAGUGUGUGGAGAUUGUUUGUAGUGAUGUCCCGAUACCAUGCGAUUAUAAGUACCCUUUUCAGGUUUUUCAUGGCAACCUUUACCUCUACGUUUUUGCCCCAGACAAUGAUUGCCGUCAAAGAUGGGUCAGAGCCAUUAAAGAGGAGACAAAAUAUAAUAAUUUGGUUUCCAAAUACCACCCAAACUUCUGGUUGGAUGGAAAAUGGAGAUGUUGCCUCCAAACAGAGAAACUGGCGACGGGCUGUCAAAUGUAUGACCCCAUUGGUUAUGCUUCCAAAAGGCCACUUCCUGAAAUCCCAGGUCCAGAGAUGCAAGUGUUUGAUUCAGGACAGAGGAUGGUCAUCGCUCUGCAAGACUACAUGCCAUAUGUAGACGACGACUUGCCGCUUCAGAAAGACCAGGAGUAUGUCCUGUUAAACAACGACCACCCUGACUGGUGGUCCAUACAGGAUGACAAAGGGAACACAGGCUUCGUGCCCAGUACUUAUGUAGCUGAAAAAUCUGGCAACAACUUUGAGAGAUUCGAAUGGUACAACAGAAACAUAACCAGAGGCGAAGCAGAACAGUUGUUAAUGAAAGAGGGUAAAGAAGGUGCAUUCAUGGUACGUGACUCAAGACAAGCAGGAGUCUACACAGUGUCUGUGUUCACCAAAGCACCAGGGUCUAACGGGGAGAAGAAUCCAAGAGUGAAACAUUACCAAAUCAGACAGGCGGAAACAGGGGAGUCAUUUUACUUGGCCGAGAAGUACCUGUUCAGCACCAUUCCUGAGCUCAUCAAGUACCACCAACACAAUGCUGCCGGCCUGAUAACACGUUUGAGACACGCUGUUUCUCAAGACGGAGGCUGCUCCCAGGACACUGCUGAUCCCUCCCAAGAUCACUGGGAGUUGGACUUUGAGGAGCUGACCUUGGGUAUGGAACUAGGCAGCGGCCAGUUCGGGCUGGUGCUGGAGGGGAGGUGGAGGGACAGGAAGGUGGCGGUGAAGACGAUAAGAGAAGCGUGCAUGUCCGAUGAGGAAUUUAAAGAAGAGGCAAGAGUCAUGAUGAAAUUGUCCCACCAUAAGCUUGUUGAGCUCUAUGGUGUGUGUACCCAGCAUUCUCCUAUGUGCUUGGUGUUUGAGUUCAUGGAGUAUGGCUGUCUGUCAGACUACCUGCGAUCCAACAAAGGGCAAUUAUCUCAGGAUGUGAUGUUGGGGAUGUGUCUUGAUGUCAGUGAGGGGAUGGCUUACCUGGAGAGCUCCAAUUUCAUCCACAGAGACCUGGCUGCUAGGAACUGCCUCGUUUCAAGUAACAAUGAGGUGAAGGUGUCAGACUUCGGUAUGACCAGAUUUGUUCUUGAUGAUCAGUACACAAGCUCUCUGUGCUCCAAGUUUCCUGUCAAGUGGUCGGCACCAGAGGUCAUCAAAUUCUGCAAGUUCAGCAGCAAGUCCGACGUCUGGUCGUUUGGUGUGCUCAUGUGGGAGGUGUACAACGAGGGCCGCCUGCCAUAUGACAACCGCUCUAAUUCUGAGGUGGUGGAGUCCCUGAAUGCAGGCUUGAGGCUUCUGAAGCCACGCUUGGCACCGCAGCCUGUCUACUUGCUAAUGGAGUGGGCCUGGAAGGAGAAACCAGAUGAUCGUCCAUCCUUUGCUCUGCUGCUGCAUGAGCUGGCCUCCCUCUCAGCAGACCUCUGAACCAAAAUAAGAGUUGUGAAAAUGAUGAAAAUAGCUAUAUUUAUUUUAUUUAUUGAGUGAUUACCUUUUGCUUGUCAAAUGUUGUUUAGACGUGUGAAGGUGUAUCACAGGCAAUUUUGAUUUUGCACUUUACCUGUAUCAUAGCUCAUACACUGUGUUGGCGGCUCAUUGCUGCAGGGGUGUAACAUAAAACUAAGGGGUGUAAAUAUAUAG